UCAAUGGCCACACUCUCAGAGACCUAUGCGUGCGUCCCUUCCACCGAGCGCGGCCGCGGAAUACUCAUCUCCGGCGACCCCAAAUCCAACAACAUUCUCUACUGCACUGCCCGAUCCGUCAUCAUCCGCAACCUCGACAACCCCCUUCAGGUCUCCGUCUACGGCGAGCACGCUUAUCCCGUGACGGUGGCACGUUACUCCCCCAACGGCGAGUGGAUCGCCUCCGCCGACGUCUCCGGCGUUGUCCGCAUCUGGGGGACCCACAACGAAUUCGUUCUGAAGAACGAGUUUCGGGUCCUCUCGGGUCGGAUCGAUGACCUCCAAUGGUCCUUCGAUGGGCUAAGGAUCGUUGCCUGUGGCGAUGGCAAGGGCAAGUCCUUUGUUCGCGCCUUCAUGUGGGAUUCUGGUUCUACUGUUGGUGAUUUUGAUGGCCAUUCACGGCGGGUUUUAAGCUGUUCAAUCAAACCAACAAGGCCAUUUCGCAUUGUCACGUGCGGAGAAGAUUUUUUAGCGAAUUUUUAUGAUGGUCCACCGUUCAAGUUCAACAUGUCCAUCAGGGACCAUUCGAAUUUCGUCAACUGUGUUAGAUUUUCUCCAGAUGGUAGCAAAUUUAUUACUGUUAGCUCAGAUAGGAAGGGUAUUAUAUAUGAUGGAAAGACAGGGGACAAGCUGGGAGAGUUGUCCGCAGAGGAUGGUCACAGUGGCAGCAUAUAUGCUGUUAGUUGGAGUCCUGACAGCAAACAGGUUCUUACUGUGUCUGCUGACAAAUCUGCAAAAGUAUGGGAUAUUCUUGAGGAUGGUAGUGGAACAGUAAGCAAGAAUUUGGCACUUACUGAAUCUGGCGGGGUAGAGGACAUGCUUGUUGGUUGUCUUUGGCAAAAUGAUUAUCUUCUUACUGUCUCUCUUGGUGGCACGAUCAAUUUAUAUUCUGCUAAGGAUUUAGAUAAAAACCCAUUGUCAUUUUCUGGUCACAUGAAGAAUGUCACCGUUUUGACUCUGCUCAACAGACCUGAAAAGGUGCUUUUGUCAAGCAGCUAUUGUGGAGCGAUCAUUAGAUGGAUGCCAGGCAUUGGUUACAGUGGUAAGUUUGACAAUAAACAAUUUGGAUUAAUCAAAGUGUUAGUAGCUGGCGAAGAAGAAGUUAUUGCGGCUGGAUUUGACAAUAAGGUAUACAGAGUUCCUCUUCAAGGGGAUAAUUUUGGUGUUGCCGAGGAUAUUGAUGUUGGAAGCCAGCCUAAGGAUUUGAGCCUUGCACUUAAUAGUCCUGAACUUGCUCUCGUUGCAAUUGAAUCCGGCAUUGUCUUACUAAAGGGUUCAAAAAUUGUCUCCACUAUAAACCUGGGCUUUUUUGUGACCGCAUGUGCCAUUUCACCAGAUGGUAGUGAAGCAAUCGUGGGAGGGCAAGAUGGUAAGUUGCGCUUAUAUUCUGUUUCAGGAGAUACAGUUACAGAGCAGAGUGUCCUUGAGAAGCACCGAGGUGCCAUCAGUGUAAUCAGAUACUCUCCAGACGUUUCCAUGUUUGCAUCAGCUGAUGUAAAUCGUGAAGCUGUUGUAUGGGACUGUGAUUCCAAAGAGGUGAAGCUUAAUAACAUGUUGUUUAAUACUGCACGUAUUAACUGCCUGUCUUGGUCACCUGAUAGCAGACUGGUAGCUACUGGUUCACUUGAUACAUGUGUCAUUAUAUACGAAGUUGGAAAGCCAGCAUCAAGCCGCAGAACCAUAAAAGGAGCUCAUUUAGGUGGAGUAUAUGGGUUGACUUUCAUUGAUCAGGAAAGAGUGGCCAGUUCUGGAGAGGAUGGUUGUGUUCGUGUUUGGACUUUGAUUUCUGAAUAAACUCAGCAUCAGAACCUCCCAAUGCGUGAUGCAGUAUUGUGGUAAGAAAUUUAUGGUUGUAACGUGUAUUAUAUGAUGAUCUUCAAUGUUCUGUAAUAGUUAUGUAGUGGGAAGGAAACUGAAGAUUGCAAUACUGUGUGGUGUGUGCUCUUGAUAGAUUUCUCCAAUAACUAACAGUCGGAUACUUUAUCCUAGCUGAAUUUUGAUUUGCAGAGGCGGGGAACUCCUAGUUAUUUCCAAAGAAAUUGGAAAUAAUAUUUGUCCUUGUCUGAGCAAAAUUCCAAUCCAGUUAUGCAGGUAAUGAAAUGGCACUUCUGAUCCCUUUAUUUUGCCU